CAUACUUAAAUUAUAUAAAUUGAAUGACACGGGUCAUUUCUAAACGUUUAAAUGUUUAACUUACGGAAGAGAAUGGGUAUAUAUAUUUGAGUACAAUGCAUAGGUAGCACCCCUAUUACUAUACCAUGCAUACAAUAUAUUUAUAAUAUUCAAUACUCCUAGAAAAUCUGAUGACCACCGCAUUGAAGGAGCGACAAAUGCCAGAUUUAUAUCAUCUGUGUCAUAUUAUUGUCUAUUCCCAAAAUGCAACAGUCAUUCUAUUUUUUCAUUCACAAGAUUUUGUCAAUGUCAAAUUGGCUUUCUCAGACUGUCAAAUGGCAAUAGAAGCUUUGUUUUAUUUUAUUUCUCAUCGUUAUUAUAACUACAAAAAUUAAUAAUACACAAUACGUCUAAUCGACCAGCGUUAAUAGUUAGUUUCCUUUAAUUGCUUCAAAAGUUUUUGUGCCAAUUUCCUAUUUAAGUGUCCCAGAGUAUUGUUAAAUUAAUUAAGUAAUAUGGCUGAUAUACUUGAUAUAUUGGAGUUGGAACAGCCUUCCGCUGAAAUCAGUAGGGACAGUAUAAUACACGGUGAUAAGGUGAAGAAGAAGUAUGUGACGGCAAAGGCUGUGAAACGCCCUGAGGGUAUGCACAGGGAAGUGUUUGCGUUGUUAUAUCAUGACAACAAGGAUUUACCGCCACUGCUGCCUACCGAUACAGGUAAAGCCUACAAACAAACAAAGGCUAAGUUGGGUAUGAGAAAAGUCAGAAAAUGGGUUUGGGCACCAUUCACUAAUCCUGCCCGCAAGGACAAUGCCGUCUUCCACCAUUGGAAACGAGCCUCCGAUGAGGCCAAAGAGUAUCCCUUUGCUCAAUUCAAUAAGCAAGUAGCAAUACCCUCCUAUUCAGAAUCAGAAUAUAAUCAGUAUCUGAAAUCGGAAGACUGGAGUCAAGCUGAAACUGAUCACCUGAUUGAUUUGUGCCAAAGAUUUGACUUGCGUUUUAUAGUCAUUCAUGACAGAUGGGACAGAGCUGCUUUCAGAGACCGAAGUGUAGAGGAUUUAAAAGAGAGAUACUAUGGGAUAUGUACUACAUUGAGCAAAGUAAAAACAAAUCCAUGGUCUAAUACAGUUACAAUGGUGAACGGUGAGAAACGCAUUUAUCAUUAUGAUGCAGAACAUGAACGCAAAAGGAAAGAACAACUCAGAAGAUUGUUUGAUAGGACACAGGAUCAGAUUGAUGAGGAGCAAAUGCUAUUGGCAGAGCUCAAAAAAAUUGACGCCAGAAAACGUGAAAGGGAAAGAAAGACACAAGACUUACAGAAGUUAAUAUCCAGAGCCGACAGCGGUAACUUGCCGCCUUUGAGUCAAGUGAACAAUAAUAACGAGGGUACCAGCACACCUUCCAACACGGCUUCCAGUAUAGCCAGGCGUCAUGAUAGAAAGCUGCACAAGAAGAAGAUCACAACUCAACAACGUCCUGUCAGGGCUGUGGAGAGUGUUACUGUAGAAUGGUCUGGCAUAAAGUUCCCUGAAGCGCGCGGUACUGGCGUUUGGUUGCGAUCGCAACGCAUGAAACUGCCAGCUGGAGUUGGGCAAAGAAAAACUAAGGCUUUAGAACAGGAGUUAAGGCUUUUGAAUAUUGAUAUAGCUCCAACCCCGACGGAAGCCAUUUGCAAACAUUUCAAUGAGCUGCGUUCAGAUCUGGCUCUAGCAUUAGACUUGAAAAAUGCUUUAGAUUCGUGCGAGUUUGAACUACAGGCUUUGAGGCAUCAAUAUGAAGCUCUGAAUCCUGGAAAGACACUCACUAUCCCACCAUUAAUUAGCAACAUGGUGGGUGACAAUGAAACAAAGCCAGUUGGUGAAAUCAUUGAUGUAGUUGGGUCUCCAAGUGCAUUGAACUCAACCAUCUAGUAUUACGUAAUUGUAACAGAAGAGAGUCGUCCAAGUUCUCCUGUUAAUGAUUAGAAGCUUGUGCAGGUGCAAACUUGAGCUUUGAUCUAUUUAGUUAUAAAAAUAAAAAUUAACUUUUAUGUAUGUGGUAAACAUUUUGUGAGCAGCAAACAAUCUGCUAAAAGUAUGUGUAAUCCUUUGCUUGAAAUGUUAAUUGCUCUUAAAAACCUUAGUAAUUAUUCGUAGCAGUGUUAUUGACUAUGCUCUAUAAUAUACGUGUCCUUUAUGCAUACUGGCCAGAAACUGUGUUAAAUUUAUCUAGUAGUGUUAUUUAUGUAAAGUUUAAACAAUAGAAAAAAUGUUUUAAAUAAGGUAUU